CAGGACGGCACAAUCCGAAGCAUCGGCCUCCUCGAAGCGCCCCUCCCCCCAUCGGAAUCGGACGCACCACCAUCUCCACCCCCGCGACCUCCCUCCCCACUAUAUCCCGGACUCCCGGAACCAGUCCAAGCCCACCCCCUCCCCUGCACCACCCACCGCCUCUGGGCGCCAAACACGCCCCAACACCUGAUGCACUGCGUCCACGGCGAGGGGGAUAUCGCGCCCAACAGAAAGAGUAACGACAGCAGCCGUAACAGCAGCAACAACAACCACCCCAACGUCCAGCCCCUCACCGCCCCAGAAACCCCCACCCGCCUCAGCGUCAUCCCCGCCCACCUGAUCCCCCACGAGACACUGGUCUUUGCGCCCGACCGGGUGCUGCGCAGCAAGCUGGCGCGGGUGGCGGUAUAUCUCGGGCCGGGGGGCGUUCCUGUUGCUGCUCCGCCACUUGCUCCCGGUUCUGCUCCCGGUUCUGCUCCCGGUUCGGUUCCUGUUCCUGUUCCUGUUCCUGUUCCUGUUCCUGUUCCUGUUCCUGUUCCCGGCACCACCGUGUCUUCCACUGGUUCUCUGCUGCGUUCUAGUAGUAGUGGGGAUGUGGAUGGUGGUGUUCGCAGUGGGGGGAUGGAUGGGUGUGACGUGGUGGGGGCGGUGGUAGUGCAUGGGUUGAGGGUGGAGUAUAUCCGGCGGCACUGGGAGCCCAAGCGCUACGCGGGGUUGCGGCGCAAUGCGGAGGGGUGGGAUGACCCACCGGCGUGGCCGGGUGAGCGGGUGGUGGAGUUGGAGGUGGAUGGGCCUGGGGGGGAGCGGGUUGAGGAGGUGGCGGUUUGUGAGGGGGCGGGGGAUGCGUUGGGGUUUAGGAUCAAAACUAACUGGGACCGUCAAGUGUGUGUGGGCGAUGAAGCGGCCGAUGGAUGGACGUCCCGGCGUGCACCCGCAGGGGAGGCCAUCAUUGGGUUCAUUGUUGCUUUCACGGCGAGGAGCAAGGUUCCGGGAUACGGUGGCUUGUCUUCACUUGAUAUCUUGACGGGUCCAGAGUAACAAUUGUCUAAACGGCUUAACCAUGGCCGAUAACGGGAAGAAUUAAAAAACGAAGACUGCCUACCUAGACAGUGUUCGACCGGGCCGGGAAGUCGUAGACUCCCUGAUUUAACCUGGUAUUCGUGUCCACACUCACCGAAAAAGUACUCAACCAACGUCCUGUUUACGGUGGCCUGCUCGAGGUCUCCAAACGCAAUGAAGGGUGCGGCCAUCUCGCCGAGGCUG